AAGUGCUCCUCGUCGUGCUGCUCCUGCUCUCCACUGCCCCUCCUCCGCCCCCACCCACCUCCGUUGUUGCCCCGAUCACGAUUCGCCGUGCAACCCAAUUCCCCUCACUGCGUCGCAUUGUGAUUCGCACUGCACCCACUUGCCCGAUCUGCUGAAUCAAGUGCAUUGCCCUCAUGUUUCUCACUUCUGAUCCCCCAUCGCAUCCCUAAAAUCAUCCUCUUCGUCGCGUCUUUGCAAUCACCUCGCCUUGCAAUCAAUCCCCCUCGUCGUGUCUGCUUGUACCGUGCUUGCCCAAUCCCGCCCGCGUGCUUGUUCCCUGGAGUUGCUGUUAGAUUGCAGGACUUGUCUCUCUGGUCUCCUCCCUGACCAUGUUGGGUGAGGACGGCAUGGAGCCGUUUAUGGGCAUGAAAGUUCGUCGGCACUCUUCCAUGUACCGCGUGUACUCCGCGGACUACAUUGAUGUGCCCGCCAACCCUACAAUCGUCAAGCUGCUCUCCAAACAAGGGGAUAAGCAAGUGCUCUUUGCUGACAACAUUAUGAAGGUGAAUCGUAAAUGUAAGCUUGUGCGCCGUGUGCUAAUAGUCACCGACGUUGCAAUUUACAUGCUUGACUCCGUGUUUUUCCGUCUUAAACAUCGAAUCCCAAUGCAGAACAUAGAUAAAGUUAGCUUGAGUGAAUUAAGCGAUAAUUUCUUGGCGGUAAGUGUCCCAAGUGAGUACGAUUUUCUUAUUGCAAGCACGCGGAAAUCAGAGAUUGUGACUGUUCUAGUGGAAGCCGUAAAGCAGCUCACUACCACCUUACCUGAGAACGAACUCCAAGUAAAAUUCUCCAACAGUUUUGAGUACCGUAUUGACGCCGAGCACACUCGGGAAGUACACUUCGAAUCUGUAGAAGAUGGUGGAACUAAAACGAAGUUUGUGGAUAAGUGAUUGCUUAUCCAAGUGCUCGGGAGAGUGGCGGCAGAUUCAUGUGAUAAGUGGCGAGGAUAGAGUUUGGUGCUGGGGAAUGUGGCGUCGAAGAGUGUGGACAGAAGCGCACAUAUAGCUGUUCUUGUGUUGCCAAGGAGCCCAUAAUUCCAUUUUUUGUAUCGACCACAGUUUCACCGGUCGCAUCUUGGGCUUGAAUAGACCGCUUGUGUACUCCAUACAAUCCUGGAGUACAUUGUCGAUAGAUAAUCUAGUUAACGUCAUUGAGAUUUCCUUUUGAAGUAGUUACCACUUAAUUCCUACGCACAUGUAAUUUAGAAAAGUAAGAUUGAAUAUUAUAUGUUGUACUGAGCGUC